AUGGAGGAACUAGGUAUUGUGACACCUGCCGAAAAGGCAGUCGAAGAUAAACCAACCGUCAAAUCAUACGCAUCGUUGCUGGCUCAACUCAAUGGUACAGCUAAUAAUAACAGUGCCCUGUUCAAUGUGAAUUCUGAUAUAUAUUUCAAAUUGAAGAAACUGGAAAAAGAGUAUGAACUGCUGACUUUGCAAGAAGACUAUAUUAAGGACGAACAACGCCAUUUGAAACGUGAACUGAAGAGAGCUCAAGAAGAAGUCAAGAGAAUCCAGUCUGUACCAUUAGUUAUUGGGCAAUUCUUAGAACCUAUUGAUCAAAACACAGGUAUUGUUUCUAGCACCACUGGUAUGAGUUAUGUCGUUAGAAUACUAUCAACCCUAGACCGUGAACUACUAAAACCAUCUAUGUCUGUAGCGUUACACCGUCAUUCAAAUGCUUUAGUUGACAUUCUACCACCUGAUUCCGACUCUAGUAUAUCCGUCAUGGGUGAAAACGAAAAACCUGACGUCACUUACGCAGAUGUUGGUGGGUUAGAUAUGCAAAAGCAAGAAAUCAGAGAAGCCGUGGAGCUCCCAUUAGUUCAGGCUGACUUAUACGAGCAAAUUGGUAUUGACCCUCCAAGGGGUGUCCUAUUAUAUGGUCCACCAGGUACCGGUAAGACGAUGCUUGUUAAAGCGGUCGCCAAUAGUACAAAAGCUGCAUUCAUCAGAGUCAACGGCUCCGAAUUUGUUCACAAAUAUCUUGGUGAGGGUCCAAGAAUGGUUCGUGACGUCUUUAGACUCGCCAGGGAAAAUGCCCCAUCUAUUAUAUUCAUAGAUGAGGUAGAUUCCAUUGCCACAAAGCGUUUCGAUGCUCAAACGGGUUCCGAUCGUGAAGUACAGCGUAUUUUGAUUGAGCUGUUGACGCAAAUGGAUGGGUUUGACCAGUCUACCAACGUUAAAGUUAUCAUGGCCACAAACAGGGCGGACACAUUGGAUCCAGCCUUGCUGAGACCGGGUAGAUUAGAUAGAAAGAUUGAGUUUCCCUCACUCCGUGAUAGACGUGAACGUCGUUUAAUUUUCGGUACCAUUGCCAGUAAGAUGUCUCUUGCUCCAGAAGCCGACCUAGACUCGCUCAUUAUUCGUAAUGACUCUCUAUCAGGUGCUGUUAUUGCAGCCAUCAUGCAGGAAGCUGGUUUAAGGGCAGUGAGGAAAAACAGAUACGUCAUUUUACAAAGCGAUCUGGAAGAAGCUUACGCCACUCAAGUCAAGACAGAUAAUACCGUCGAUAAAUUCGACUUCUACAAAUGA